CCAGGACCUUCGUUGUUAAACACAGCGUGUCCAACUCUCAAGCUACGAACUGAUCGCACCCGGCUCUAAUUAUAGCUACCCGGCUGGCGAGCCCCGCUGGCCUUACACCGGUUCUGCUCGUUCAAUCUUCAUUGGUUUGUUCUGGCUACGUAGACGGCCGGUCAUCGCUGCAGAGCGUUAGCGGAUGCGCAGAGCACAGCCUAACUCAGGGAGAUGGAUACUUCAGCUUACCUUGUCCUUGCCUUGUUUCUCAUCGCUCUGGCAUCGUCAGUGAGCGGCCUGAGCUGUUAUGAGUGUAACGUGGAAUGCCGGAACAACACGAAUGCAUGUAUUGAUAAGGACAGCGCUGACUUCAUCAACGACACAGAAUCAAGCAGUAAACGUAUCUCCUGCGACAGUCCGGCUGAAGUGCAGGGUUGUAUUUCCUGUAUGAAGAUCAGGACAGGAUACAGGCGAUAUGAGCACCGCGGGGAAUUUAUAGAGGGUGAGAUAAUAAGUAAAGUGUGCCAGAGGACACAGGAGACCCCUUACUCGGACGAUACCUGUAAGGAGAGGGGCCCCGGCUGGUCGCUGGACGUCCUCUGCUACUGUUUCACCGACUACUGCAAUUCAGCAUCACGACUCACGCUCACGUUUCCCAUCCUGGCUCUUCUACUUCACGCUUUAAUCUAGGAAUUCAAAAACGAUUUUUGUCCAUAUUGGAGUAUUCCUGCGUUUGCUGGCUGUACUACUGUGACGUGCUAGAUCAAGGCCCUUAGAUCAAUGGACACAAACUAAAGUUUGUUAUAGAAUCUGACUUGCUUUAUCCAUCUCUCAAAAGCAUUAAAGUAAAACCCACAGAAGCUGUUUCCUUAGCAUGGCUAGUCAACCCUUUGUAGUAGGCGUUAUAGUCGGUACAUGUUCCUAAAAUCCAUACCCAAUACAUAUGCACUGAAAAGUCACAAUC